AUGACGACGCAGACGACGGCGGCGGCCAUGUUGCUCGCGCGCCGAAUUGCAGAUUACAUCACUGCGCAAAAAAACCGCGUGCGCGGGCGCGGCAGGGAGUGGGGAGGCGGCUCGCUUUACGACCUUGGCCUUGGUCGCGCCGCGGCCAAGGAGAUCGGACAAAAGAGCUUGGCAGGCCGUACUAUGAGACGUAGUGACGAUAAAUGGAGUACAUCUACAAUCAUUAUGGUGACUAAGAAGUGGAUACAGAAAUGUGGAAUGUCCUGCAGCGAGAGGCAGACGACAUCGUCAAAGUCGCGGGACUGCGCGUGGGCGGCGGCGCCGGCGUGCGCUCCUGGCGCGCCGUGGGCAGCGCGCACGGCGGCGAGCUGUCCGUCUUCUGCUGGUGAGGCGCCCGCGCGACCAGUGCGAGACCGCGGCGUCGUCGGCGCGCCGUCGCCGCUCGGCCGCAGGGAGCGGAGCCGAACGGGCAGCCGCGCCGGCGCCGGGGCGGGCCGUCCGCGGCCCCCGCUUCGAACGGACGCCCGACCGGAGCUGCUCGUCGCCGUCCUGUCGUUUCCGGAGGUUGCGAAUUCGUCUUUCGCCCGCCGGCAGCGAGACGCGUGUGUCCGUCGUCUCUCGUCCGCUAACCCUGACGCGUUAGCGACGGCCCGCACCGCGUCGACGCGACACGAUUCUGCCCGUCCAAAAACUCAAAAUAUUUUCUUUUCCGAGGAAAUCUUUGAAGGCCGAAAAGGGGCACUCGGUAGUGAUACUUUCGGUAGAGCUCGAUCAGCGAAUUUGCGAAGGAAUAUGACGAAAUCGACAGUGCGUCUUUAAGAAAUCGUGUUUGUGUCGACUCGAUACGGUCACUCGUCGCACCGCCGCCGCCGCCGCCGAUGUCUUUCUUUGUAACUGCACGCAAUCAGUGAUUAAAGUACAAAAUUACGAGUUACUAAGUGUGUCGCGCGCGUGAAUGUACCUACAUUCGUUACAUUUUGGAGGUGUUUUACUAUACUUUUUGAAUGUCGUGUUUUAGAAUCGCGAUUUGUUUCGGAUCGUAACAGCGAAGUUCCGAUCCCGCGAAUGAAAGUCGGUAGGACCCUCGUACGAGGUCGUCGAUAGUUACGUUGCCCUAAGAUUAUUUUAUUCGUCCAUUGUGAUAAAACGGUAUUGCAUCGAUGCGAGAGGGCUGCGCCGCAGCGCCUCCGCUGGUUGAUCUCGAAUCGCGACAGCAGGACCGCGAUUCCUUCGUAGAUAUAUGUUAUCGUUUAAAUGUCAAUUGCCUGACGAGCCCGCCCGGGCCCGGCGAGGCCUCCGCCGGCGCCGGCGCCGUCUCGCCACCCGUACAAGAGUCGGUUGUACCCUAGUUGUGUAAUUAUGUUAGUAGUUUUUUAGCAGGGCUAAAUUCUGUUACUCUAUUGUGUUAUUCGAAUGAAAUAAAAA